GACUUCUGGGGACCUCAUCCCACUGCCACCCCCCAGCAGAACGUGGUGAGCCGUGUGGCCAACCUGGCCCUGGUGAGCUGUGCCUGUGGGGCUUCGUCCACUGCCUACCCCUCCACCAAGGAGAGUCACCCCUACGUUCGCUCCGUCUGCGACGCUGCCGAGAAGGGAGUGAAGACCCUGACAGCAGCAGCAGUGAGUGGGGCCCAACCCCUCCUCACCCGCCUGGAGCCACAGAUUUCCACUGCCAACAAAAUUGCCUGCAGAGGUCUGGACAAGCUGGAGGAGAACUUGCCCAUCCUGCAGCAGCGACCUGAGGGGGUGGUGGCUGGGACCAGGCAGUUGGUGUCCUCCGUGGUGAGUGGGGCAGUGGAGAGGACACGCUGGGUGCUCAGCACCGUGGUGGGCUCCAGUGUGGGACGGCUCCUGACCUCGGGGGUGGAGGCAGUGCUGGGGAAGUCAGAGCAGCUGGUGGAUCAGUACCUGCCUGGGACAGAGGAGGAGCUGGCAGGUGUGGAGGUGGCCCCAGACAUGAACGUGGCCACACCACCACGACUGGGGCGACGGCAGAGCUACUUUGUCCGCGUGGGCACUCUCUCGGCCAAGCUGCGCGACCGAACCCUGCGGCGCUCGCUGGGCAAACUGCAGCGAGCGCGGCACAGCGCCCAGCACCUCCUGACACAGCUCCACCAGAUCAUCCAGCUGAUCGAGGAAGGGCGGCAGGGCACGGACGGGCCCCGGCACGGCACGCGGGAACGCCUCCAUCGCAUGUGGCUGGAGUGGAGCCAGCAGGAUGCUGUGCCCAUGGAGGAGAGUGAGGUGGAGGCUCGGACACUGGCCAUGCUGCGUGGGCUCCUGCACCAGCUCCACACCACCUGCACCCGCCUGGCCAGCAGCACCCGCUC